GGCAAUGCUUGGAUAGUUGUCCGCGACCAACUGAACAUUACGGAGUAUAAAAACAAUAAAUAAUAAACUGAAUAUUCAAAUUACCAUAAAAAAUAAUUUUAACAAAAAAAAAGUUAAUUAAUUAAUUAUAAAUAGUGAUAAAAAUAUAGAUAGAAUUGUUUGUUUGUAAAUACAAAAAGAAGUUUAAUAAAGGUGGUUUAUAAUAAUAAUGAAUUAUAAAUAAACUCACGUCUGAUGUGAGUCGUCCAGGUGAUUCGUCAUCUCCAACAACAGCUUGUAUUUGAUUAUAUGAGAGUUAAAUAGCAAUCGUUUAUAGUUUUAUAAUAAUAAUACACAAUUCAAUGAAACUCUUACGUAUUUUAAAUAUUUACUGAGAUUCUGUAGUACAACAUGUGGAGUCCAACACACGUACAGGUAACAGUUCAAAGGGCACGAGGAUUGUUAACAAAAGGAAAACAUAAGACAAACGACUGCUUCGUGACAAUCGCACUUGGCAAGGAGAAAUAUCAAACGUCAGUUAAAGAGAAGGCCAACGAGAAUGUCGAAUGGCACGAAGAAUGUGAACUACAGAUUCCUUCGCAGGGCAAUACGGCGGAAAUAAUCCUCACUGCUCUUCAUCGUAACUUCCUGGGCGUUGACGAGUUCUUAGGAAUGGUCAGCGUCCCAUUGUCAAGCUUCGAUGUCUACGAGAGACCAAGAAACAGAUGGUAUAGCCUUGGGAGUAAGCCCGGUAAAGAAAAUACUAAAGAACGUGGUGAGCUUGAAGUUAAAAUAGGUUUUAUUGUAAAAGCUGGAAGUCUUACCGAUUUGACGCGUAAGGAACGUCACAAAAGUUCAUUGGGUCAAUUAUCUACGGCAGCACAGUCGAUUGGUGGCAGUCUUUUGAGUAUUGGUAGUUUGGAGAAACGUAAGGGUUUGAAAAAACUAGCUAAAUCUAUUGGGAAUCGUGUGAAAGGAAAAAGUAAAAGUAAAUUGGGACACGAUCAUGAUUUUGACGAAGUAGAAGAACAUCAUAUUAGGCCGACUAGACAAGAACCUGGUGAAGCUGAUCCUGGUGUUAUUAGCGAAGAUGAUGAAUUUACGUUUGACGAUUUAUCACACAAAAGUUCAGCAUCAUCACUGAAUGCUCCAGUAUCAAGUGGCUUAACUUCCGGUUACUCUAGUAAUUCAACAACACAAAGUUCACGUACAACUGAUUUUAAUGUAUCAUCUGCACCUACAAAUCCAGCUCCAAAUAAACCACCUCGUUUUACCACUGGUUCUAAUUUAAAUUCACCACUACCCACAAAUAAUAUUAGUGGUAUCAAUAACAACACUCAUAAUAACAAUAAUAGUAGUAUUAAUAAUAAUAAUAAUAUUAAUAAUAAUAAUAAUGAUGAUGAUGAUGAUGCUGAGCAAGACGAGUGGGGUCGUAAGCUUUACGGUUUACAAUCGUCAAAUAUAAAUACUAAAAAAUGGGAUAAUAAAUUAAAUCCUAAAAUAGUAGUAGAUCAAGCAAAAGAUAACAAUAAUCACGCACUUACAACGUCUUCAAUUAAUUCAUCGCCAUCAACAACCACAAGAUUUCGUGAUACUCCAGAACCACCAAGUCCAGCUCCACGUGAAAUUAUUCAGGUUAAACGGAUAAGCAAGGACGAUAAAACAAUAAUGAAAGAUCGUAACUCUAAAGAAGAAAAACAGUUGAUCACUGGUAAUAGUGGUGGUAGAGAUCGUAGUCCUAAUGUUAGAGAAGAUAAAGUCGGUAAUAAAAGUCAAAAGGACGAAAAAAUAUCAAAGAAAGAUAAAAAAAAUCGAGAGAAAGAAUUACUUAAGAAUAAAGAUAUCGGUGAAGAAGUUAAACUAUCUUCUGAAAGAAUUAUUAUUGGCGGUGAAGAUGCUACUAAAAAAAAUAAUAUGGGAGUUAAAAGUCGGCUUCCUCAUGAAGUUCUUGCACAGUUUGAUGGUAAAACACGUGAGGAUCUCAUUGAGUUGGCUUUACAAUUACAAACAGAAGUUAAUGAUAAAAAACGACGGCUUGCCGAUCUUGAAGAUUAUAUUGAUUCACUUUUACUCCGAGUUAUUGAAACCUCACCCCGGAUAUUACAGAAUCCGUACUCGACUAAUCAUCGUUUACUAUAGUAAUACUUACAAGUAAUUAUACUUAAGUUCAAUCAAAUCUUCCGAGUACUGCAGUUAAAUUGAUAUUUUUUAUAAAAAAAAAAAAAAAAAAAAAAAACAAAAAAAAAAAGUUCUUUUAAUUAAAAUUGCCAAUAAAUUACAUUAAAUAUUAAAAUAUAAACACAACUAACGUUAUACGUUAAGGAAUUAAUAUUAAUUAAAUUUAUUGGUUCAUAGAUCGACUGAAUAAAAUCGUUAAAAAAAUCAUUAUAAUUAUCAAAUGAUUAUUAAUAAUUUAUGUUAAAAUGUCUUCCUCUAUAAAUUAUAUAAAUUUGUAAUUUUAGUUUCUGUCCGUCCUGAUAUAAAAUUAUUUUGUUUUUUUCCCAAAGAGUACUACCAUUAACACAAAGAGAUAAUUAUGUUGAACUUAUUAACACGUGAUUAUAAUAAUUAUUACAUUGUUAUCAUUUAAUUAAAUCUAAAGCCAGUGCCUUACGCAUGAUAAUCAAUAAUAAAAUUAAAAUAUAUUCAUAAGAUGAAAUAAUUUUAUUAAUAUUGUAAAUUU